AUGUCCUACGACAUGCAAUCCACGAUGCAACAGCAGUACGCCCCUGCGCCGUACCAAAACGGCCAGAUCAAGUCGGAGACGAAUUCCGAGCGCGGAGUCUCGCCGCACCCCUCGAACGACUACCAGUCACGCUACCCUCAACCCGCCCCCCCUCCUCUGCAGGCGUAUCAGCCGAUGCCCGCUGCCAUGUCCAAUGGCAUGCGCUACCCCUCUCCUACCGCGAUGAACGCGCCGAUGCCCAUGAUGAACCAACAAUACCUCCCCAACCCUCCUCCCGACCACGCCUACCCUCCUCAGGUCGCGCCCGACCAGCAACAACAGGUUGGCGGCCGGCCCGCCUCCGACACCGGCCCGCCAAAGGCCUUCGCCUGCUCCACUUGCGGCAAGGGCUUUGCCCGCCGCAGCGAUCUGGCGCGUCACGAGAGGAUUCACAGCGGCAUUCGUCCCCACGUUUGCGACUACCCCAACUGCGGCAAGCAGUUCAUCCAGCGCUCUGCUUUGACCGUCCACCAGCGUGUCCACACUGGCGAGAAGCCCCACAUGUGCGAGCGUUGCGGCAAGCCCUUCUCCGACUCCAGUUCGCUUGCGCGUCACCGUCGCAUUCACUCGGGCAAGCGCCCCUACAAGUGCCCCUAUGCCGACUGCCAGAAGACGUUCACGCGCAGGACGACGCUCACGCGCCACCAAAACCACCACACUGGCACUGUCGAGGAGGCGGCUGCUGCUACCGCCGCUGCUCUGGCGUCUCGCGCGUCGCAGCAGCCCGCGCGUUCGGUCCGCUCGGAUGCCGACGACUACUCUGAGACGGCUUCCCCUCUCCCUACGCCGUCUCCGAACAACCGUCCUCUCUCCAUGUCGCCUGCUGCCGGCAUGCCCGUGAUGCCUGCCAUGCACCGCCAGGUCUCGGACUUUGCCUACAUGCAAAACCCCAACAUGCCGGCGCACCUGCGCUCCGAGAUGCAGCAGCCGAGCCCGCGCUCGUCUCCGUCGCUGACGUCUCAGCCCUACACGUCGGUCAGCUCGCAGCCCAGGCCGCCGAUUACGUCGCACCCGACCGGCUACGGCCCCCCUUCGGUGCUUGAGCCUCCCACUGGCGCUGCUCAGUCGCAGCAACAGCAGCAGCAGGCGCCGCAGCAGCAGCCGGGCAGCGCUCACAGCAGCCCGCACAUGAGCAACAUGGGCUGGCAGUCGCCUGCUCAGCAGAACAUGCCGUCGCCCAACGGCAACGACUCCUACACGUACCCGGAGCCGCACUACGGUGCGUCGGCCCCCAAUAUGUACUACGCCAACCCGAACAUGGCCAGGCCCAACAGCACUGAGCCGGACGGAUACGAUCCGCGCAGGAGGAUGGCCGAGAACAUGUGGGCUCCUCCUGUCCAAUAA